AUUCAUUUUACAACACUGUGUGUUUGUGUGUGCGUGUGUGUGCGUGCGUGUGCGCUCUGGUAAUUAUCACAUUGUGGGGACAUCGGUCUGUUUACACAGUCACGGUGUGGGGACCGCUGACAGUCUGGGGACCAAAAUUGAGGUCCCCUUGUUCUGAAGGUGCCUAUGUGAUUUUUAGCCUUGGCCCAAAAAACACAUUUUUCUGUAUUUUUUUUGUGUGAGUGUGAGAGAAGCUGCUCUCCCUAAAGGCCUGCGCUGGUAAUUGCACCUUCCACUUCACACACACGCAUCUUCCAAAUAUGGUUAGGACCGCCCACUUCCUGGUCCCCAUUAGUAAGGUUUUAAGGAGCAAAUGAAAUGUUCAGUGUUUUAUUGGAAAUGUUGCUUUUGCAGCUGCACAAGCAUAACAAUAAUAAGAAGAAGGUGGGUUUGCACUUUAUGUGAAUGACAGAUGCAGCAAUAAAAUUACUCAAGCGCAUUUGAAGGUAAUUUGUCAUUCUACAUAACAGAGUUGCACAACAAGACAUACAGUAGUUGAGUGUGGAGGGGAAGUUGUAGAAAAAACUAUUUAAUAGUGUUUAAUAAAAGAGGCUCUGUACCUGAGAUAUCAUUUUGCAAUAAAAUAUGAUGGGGUAUAUGUGCAACUCUGACUUGGUGAAAGGCUUUUACUUUGAAAUCACACAGGAAGCCGGCUGUACGUUUGACAGCAGCUUAACAGUAAACGACCUCUCUCGCUUCGUGCACAAGUUCACACAGCUCAGAAUCAAGAUUGGAGACAAUUGUGUUUGCAUUGAUGCCUCAAGAGAAGACAAUUCAUUGGGGCGACUAGUUAAUGAUCAGCACAAAGGCCCGAACUGCAGGAUGAAAAAGAUCGAUGUAGAUGGAAAGCCGCACUUGUGUCUUUUCGCCAUCAAAGACAUUAAUGAAGGCGAGGAAAUUACCUAUGACUACGGAGGGGAUGACUGCCCCUGGAGAAUUCAAGCAAGCACACAUGCUGAACAUGAGCCUUUUGUGGAUGGUGCCCAUGCUGACGUCCCUUCAGGACCACAGGUGGAUGAUGACGCCCAUGACAUCACUUCUAAUGAACAUUCUAAUGAACAGAUUGUGACAAACGUCGGAAAUGAAGAUGGGACUUUUGUCCCAAAACUUAGACGGACAAAAAGUAUCAUAACACAGUUCUUUGUCAUGAUGAGACAGAUGACACGGAUGAGACCAGAGAAGGACACUAUUCAUCUCAAGUCUUUGGCAGAAGAGACUCUUCCACCUACGGAGGAAAAUGACAUCCCACCACUACACAAGAGACACAAACUAUCAUCAGCAGAGGAUGACAGCGUUGGAGCUGUGACACCUGUUGAAGGGUCGAGGAAUAAAGUCCCAUCAACAAGCAAGAGAAGCAAGCCACCAUCAGGAAAGGAUGACAGACUCAGAGCUGUGACGUCUGUCAAAGUGGACCACACAACAUCGUCCAGGUGAGAAAUGGAUGGCUUGCCCGACUCCUCCUACACUCUCUCUCUCUCUCUCUCUCUCUCUCUCAAUUUUUAGUUAAUCAAAUGCUAUAAUUUGUGGUUUGACCUUAACAUAGUUAUAUCAAACGUAAAUUGCAAAAGAUGCAUGAUUUAUUAUUAUUAUUAUUACUGGUAUUAUUACAAUAAUAUUGAUAAUAAAUGUGAUACUAAUAAUUCCAGCAUGGUCCCCACAAAGAAGUAUGAUAGUGUGAAAGAUGCAAAUGAUAUGCAAAUUUGGUCCCCCAUUAACACGGUGACUAGAUUUUUCAGAGGUCCCCAAAAAGGAUGGGGAAAACAUUUCAAUGGAAAUUUAUAGAUUUUAAGGCAUGUAUGAGCUAACUACACACUGAUGAGUGAGCUGGAUUUUUUUCACACCUUUACGACCUCUAGAAAGGGUGGUCCCCACAGGUGAUGAUUAAAAAGUUGGUCCCCAGGAACCAUAUAAACCCGUGUGUGUGUGAAUGAAUAAAUACAAACACAUUCUAAUUCUACUCAAGGCAUAAGCAGGAAAUAAUCAUGUGCGGUCGAAACUACACUUUUUAAAAAAAGUCAUUAGAAACUGUCUGUCUCCAUUCACUUUGAAUUGGGGAAGACUGAGUGUAAUUGACUGAAAUCUUUCCAGGUAAAACGAUGUGGUAACUAAAUACAACAGUGUCCAAGUUUACUAAAGGUUUUACAUACAUUUAUUGCUCUGUCGAAAAAAAAUCUUAAUUUUCUUCACAGGCCAUAAUUGAUCUUGUUGUAAAAACCAGCUCUUAGUGGCGGCAGAUUGCACUUCCACUGUUCACAGGCCUGAAUCUCUGCAGCGUGUCACAGGUGACAUGAGGCGUGACACUGCCUUUCACCCUAUGGCAGCUGGGAUUGGCUCCAGCCGUGUGGAGUGUUACGUCCCUGGCCUCGGUAACCAGGGGUUAGAAGAGGAAGAAAAUGAACAGGAACCCAAGUCAACGAAUUACUAGUGAAUAAAUAUAAUGAAUCAACAUAAAUGUUACAUUCAUUAUAAAGCCAACUGUGGUGGGAACUGUUUUACAGAUUCUUCAAACUAAAUAAUCUCAAAAAUGUUUGCAUGUGUAGCAUAAAGGAAGUUCUAACUGCAGUGUGUGCACCCCCUGUCUCCAUGUGGAACCAGCAUAAUUCUAUGCUUAAAUCUUUAAUUUUAAUUUAUAAGGGCAGCCCAUGGCCAAGAGGAAAGAAUUGAGCUUAUAACCAGAAGGUUGCAGGUUCAAAUCCUGGGACAGGUCAAGGGCUGGAGCUCUCCCUGUGCCUGGCUUAUGUGUUUAUUACUGUAAAAGGGUGGGUUAAAUGCAGAGGUAAAUUCACUAUCACUAAUUGGCGGGUAUGUGCAAAAUAAUUAUAAUUCUACUUCUGAAUAUGUUUGUCACUGUAUCUUACUAUUGGCCUUUGGUCCAUAGAGUAAGUCAGUGAUCCAAUGCUGCCUUGGCCGGUAAGUUUAAAUGUAUAUUUUUGUGACUUAGGUUUAUCAUAAACCUAAGUCACAAAAAUAUGAAAAAUGUCAUAAAUCGUUUAUGACAUUUUUCAUUCAGAUUUCAAAGUGAUGCAGACUUAUCAAAGGAGGCGGCAGUACACCAGCAGACUCUCUUAAAAUAAGCCACAUAUUAGUGUGUCCAGAAAAAAAGACAAUUAAAGAUAUUAAAGAAAUCAAGAUAUAUUUAGAUAUUUUAAUAGUGUUGAGCAUAAGUUAAUUGGUUUUUAUUUUGGAGAUAAAGAUUUUGUCAUUAAAAUUC